ACCAGACUGAGUGAGGAUCAACCAGAGAGAAACAAGCUUCCAGAAACUGGAUACAGGAUCAAGAGAGACCAGAAAGUGAACAAAGAGAGAGCUGAGUUAUGGAGACACAUCACUGUGAUACAUGUUGGAAGAGCUUUUCCUCAUCCAGUAACCUCAAGAAGCACAUGAGGAUCCACACUGGAGAGAAGCCCUACAGCUGUGACCUCUGUGGUAAAAGCUUUAGCCAUGCUAGCAGUUACACAAUUCAUAGCAGAAUCCACACAGGGGAGAAGCCCUACAGCUGUGACCUUUGUGGUAAAACCUUUAGCCGUGCUGACCAUUUCAGAGCUCAUAGCAGGAUCCACACUGGAGAGAAGCCCUACAGCUGUGACCUCUGUGGUAAAAGCUUUAGACAGACUGGGGAUUUGACAGCUCAUCGCAGAAUCCACACAGGAGAGAAGCCAUACAGCUGUGACCUCUGUGGUAAAACCUUUGGCAAGAAAAGCAAUUUCACAGCUCACUGCAGGAUCCACACAGGAGAGAAGCCCUACAGCUGUGACCUCUGUGGUAAAACCUUUAUCCAGGCUGGCAGUUUCACAAUUCAUAUCAGGAUCCACACUGGAGAGAAGCCCUACAGCUGUGACCUCUGUGGUAAAAGCUUUAGACAGACUGGGGAUUUGACAGCUCACUGCAGAAUCCACACAGGAGAGAAGCCAUACAGCUGUGACCUCUGUGGUAAAACCUUUAGCCGUGCUAGCAGUUACACAGCUCACCGCAGAAUCCACACAGGAGAGAAGCCAUACAGCUGUGACCUCUGUGGUAAAACCUUUAGCCGUGCUAGCAGUUACACAGCUCACCGCAGAAUCCACACAGGAGAGAAGCCCUACAGCUGUGACCUCUGUGGUAAAACCUUUAGCCAGGCUGGCAGUUUCACAAUUCAUAGCAGGAUCCACACUGGAGAGAAGCCCUACAGCUGUGACCUCUGUGGUAAAACUUUUAGACAUGCUAACAGUUUCAGAGCUCAUAGUAAGAUCCACACUGCUAUUUAUACACAUCACUGUGAUACAUGUUGCAAGAGCUUUUCCUCAUCCAGUAACCUCAAGAAGCACAUGAGGAUCCACACUGGAGAGAAGCCCUACUGCUGUGACCUCUGUGGUAAAAUCUUUAGCCAUGCUAGCAGUUACACAAUUCAUAGCAGAAUCCACACAGGGGAGAAGCCCUACAGCUGUGACCUCUGUGGUAAAACCUUUAGCCGUGCUGACCAUUUCAGAGCUCAUAGCAGGAUCCACACUGGAGAGAAGCCCUACAGCUGUGACCUCUGUGGUAAAAGCUUUAGACAGACUGGGGAUUUGACAGCUCACCGCAGAAUCCACACAGGAGAGAAGCCAUACAGCUGUGACCUCUGUGGUAAAACCUUUGGCAAGAAAAGCAAUUUCACAGCUCACUGCAGGAUCCACACAGGAGAGAAGCCCUACAGCUGUGACCUCUGUGGUAAAACCUUUAUCCAGGCUGGCAGUUUCACAAUUCAUAGCAGGAUCCACACUGGAGAGAAGCCCUACAGCUGUGACCUCUGUGGUAAAAGCUUUAGACAGACUGGGGAUUUGACAGCUCACCGCAGAAUCCACACAGGAGAGAAGCCAUACAGCUGUGACCUCUGUGGUAAAACCUUUGGCAAGAAAAGCAAUUUCACAGCUCACUGCAGGAUCCACACAGGAGAGAAGCCCUACAGCUGUGACCUCUGUGGUAAAACCUUUAGCCGUGCUAGCAGUUACACAGCUCACCGCAGAAUCCACACAGGAGAGAAGCCCUACAGCUGUGACCUCUGUGGUAAAACCUUUAGCCGUGCUGGCAGUUUCACAAUUCAUAGCAGGAUCCACACUGGAGAGAAGCCCUACAGCUGUGACCUCUGUGGUAAAACUUUUAGACAUGCUAACAGUUUCAGAGCUCAUAGUAGGAUCCACACUGCUAUUUAUGUCCAACAAAUGACACAUUGA